AUGGCCCGAAAUUCCGAAAAAGCUAUGACCGCAUUGGCUCGUUGGCGGCAGCUACAAUUGAAAGAACAAGGAAAACUUCGUAUUGAUCGUCGUCCACAUUUAGCAAGCGACGAACUUAAUGUAAAAAGGGCUGAAAAAUGGCGAUAUCAAGUUGUACGUGAAAUAGCUAAAAAAGUAGCACAAAUUCAAAAUGCCGGUCUUGGCGAAUAUAAAAUUCGUGAUCUAAAUGACGAAAUUAAUAAACUUCUGCGUGAAAAAUCUCAUUGGGAAGAUCGUGUUAAAGAGCUUGGUGGAACUGAUUUUAAAAAAACAGCACCCAAAAUGUUGGACAACGAAGGAAAAGAAGUGCCUGGUAAUCGUGGUUACAAAUAUUUUGGUGCUGCAAAAGAUUUGCCUGGUGUACGAGAAUUAUUUGAUCAAGAGCCUCCUCUACCGUCGAAAAAACUACGUGGCGAACUGAUGAAAAAUAUCGAUGCUGAUUAUUAUGGUUAUAUGGAUGAUGACGAUGGUCUACUUAUUCCAAGUGAAGAGAAAUGUGAAAAAGAAGCAAUUAGAAAAAAACUUGAAGAAUGGAAAAACAACGCAGGAAACAAUGCUGACGCUGAUGAAGUAUAUGAAUUACCAGAAAUGGAUUCCGACGAUGAAGAUUAUGUUGCUGGUAAAGCAUCUCGACCAAGUGUUGACGUUGCAUCAAAAGAUCAUGUAUUUAUUGCACAUGUACCUGUUCCUAGUCAAAAAGAAAUUGAACGCGCAUUACUUGAACGUAAAAAACAAGAAUUACUUGCUAAAUAUGUGUCUGAUGAUCUAUUAAAAGAGGAACAGGAAUCGAAGGAUUUACUUGGGAAAUGA